AUGACUCUUUCCAGUGAGUUUGAAGCUUCACAACACGCCGCGUUGCCUUUAGAAGAGGAUGAGAUUGACAUAGUGGGGGAGGAAGAGCCUGGCCACGGGCGCUUGUAUCGAAAUGAGUGCUCUCCAGACCCCGGGUCCUCGGCAGAAUCCGGUGCUGAAUUUGACUCUUCAGAGCCAGACUCCUCGGGGGAGAGCGAGAACAGUUUCUGCGCAGACGCACCGCCGUCCAGGAAAGCCCAGAGCAGCUCGGUAAAGCCUCCCUACUCGUACAUCGCCCUCAUCACCAUGGCCAUCCUGCAGAGCCCGGUGAAGAAGCUGACGCUGAGUGGCAUCUGUGACUUCAUCAGCAACAAGUUCCCCUACUACAGGGACAAGUUCCCCGCGUGGCAGAACUCCAUCAGGCACAACCUCUCCCUCAACGACUGUUUCAUCAAGAUCCCGAGGGAGCCUGGGAACCCGGGCAAAGGUAACUACUGGUCCCUGGACCCCGCCUCAGAGGACAUGUUCGACAACGGCAGCUUCCUGCGGCGAAGGAAGCGCUUCAAGAGAAACCAGCCCGAGUUUGGCAAAGACGGACUUGUGUUUUAUUCCAACUUGAACUGCUACCGGGCGUACGGGCAACCAUACUGCGUGCAGGGCCAGGUAAGCCCCCCGGCCGCUGCUCCUAUCCGGUACAUGCCUCUGCAGGAGGGCAUCAUGAUGCCCCCCUCCUCUUAUCACGUCCUGCCACAAACUUUGAACAGUCUCGGGAAAUGCAGUGGGCCUAAAGACUUCAGAGCGCAGCUUUGCGCAGCAGAACCCGCUGAGCCAAAGCCUGGCCCGCAGGCAAAGUGCUCCUUCAGCAUUGACAGCAUCAUGAGCAAGCCCUCCCCCAUCGGCCCAGCGAACACAAACCCACAGCAGAGCCCUCGCGGCGCUCUCGGGUACGCUCAUCUCACGGCGGGCCGCGCUGCCUGUUUGGUUCCGACGCUCCUGCAGGCUCCCAGGACCCCGUUCUGCCCUUCUGCCAUGCUGCGCGCGGCUCCUUUAAGAAGCGAACAUCUCAGACUCUCCUACCAUCACUGUUGA